GGCGAGGUGGUAUUCCCAUGGAAAUUUCUUCGUUCGUUGUCACGCCUCUUGACCGUGACAUUUUGCGAUGCGAUGCGACGCGAAGCUUGCAUGUGGUAGAGGGGCCGGGUUGGUGAGUCCAUUGCUGACAGCUGGUGGCAAGUACAUGCGGUGGCCGCCAGCUGCCAGCUUAUCAAAUUGAUCCGCGGGUCCGGUUCGUUAUCAAAAAAUUUCGAGAGACCGACCUGCAGGCGCGCAGUGCAAGUCGAACUGUUGAAAGUUGAAUUAUACCCCCGCGACGAAAAGAACCAACCAGCCAAAAUUCACUUUAUUGCGUCACUGCCUUUGCACGACAUUUUAUAGAUUUAGCUUCAUUGAAGAGAAACCAAAAAGAACGCAAAAAUGCCCGGCAGAACCGACUCGGAAGACGUCCCCAUGGACGAGGCGCCCACCUCUCACCAGCCUGAGGAGGAGGAGGAAGAGGAGGGACAGGAGUCGACUGAGCAGGAGGAGGAAGAGGAGGAGGAGCCCCAGCGCGUCAAGAUUCUGCCCGGCUCAACAGACACAGCCGCCUCAUUCGAGUUUAUCGAUGAGGGGCACACGCUCGGCAAUGCGCUGAGAUAUGUCAUUAUGAAGAACCCCGACGUUGAGUUCUGCGCCUACGCCAUCCCUCACCCUUCGGAGCCCAAGAUGAACAUUAGAAUCCAGACCUAUGACGGUACCGCCGUCGCGGCGCUGCAAAAGGGUCUCAAGGACCUUCAGGCCCUCAGCGACACCGUCGCCGAGGAGUUUAUCCGCGCCAAAGAGGAGUUUGGUCGUUCAUAGCGGACGCAUCUUGUUGCAAAGAUGGAAAAGGCGUUUUGUGGAUUUGUUUUUGACAUGGGAAUGGAGAC